CCGAUUUUAAAGUGCCCAGUCCUAGAAACGAAGAAGCGCACGAACCCAUCGUUUGACCGACCAACUGCCCAACAAACGAUGGCCGGCGUGUCAGCAAGCAUCCCGUGCGUGGUGCUCAACACGGGCCACGCGAUGCCCGUGCUGGGCUUCGGGACCGGCUCCUCCAGCACGCCGGAGGAUCUGCCGGCGACCAUCCUCCACGCCGUCCGCCUUGGCUACCGCCACAUCGACACGGCCUCCAUGUACGGCACGGAGGGGGCGGUCGGAGCCGCCGUCUCCGACGCCGUCGCUGCGGGGGCCGUCACCUCCCGCGCUGACCUCUUCAUCACCUCCAAGCUCGUGAUGAAGGACGCGCAUCCGGACCGCGUGCUCCCCGCGAUCCGGGAGUCGCUGGCCCGCCUAGGCCUGGACUACCUCGACCUCUUCCUCGUCCACUGGCCCGUCGCCGCCGACGAGAACAACAAGCCCGUGCCGUUCGACAUGGAAGGCGUCUGGCACGCCAUGGAGGAGUGCCACCGCAUCGGCCUUGCUAGGUCCGUCGGCGUCAGCAACUUCUCUGCGGCCAAGAUGUCCCGGCUGCUCGCCUUCGCCGCCGUACCGCCGGCUGUGAACCAGGUGGAGGUGAACGUCGGCUGGCGUCAAGAGAAGGUCAGGGAGGCCUGCGCCAAGAACGGCGUCGUCGUCACCGCCUUCUCGCCGCUGGGCGCGAUCGGCACGGCGUGGGGAUCCAACGCCGUCAUGGAAAGCGGCGCGCUGGAGGACAUCGCCGCCAGGAGAGGCAAGACCAUUGCUCAGGUAGCGUUGAGGUGGCUUCACGAGCAAGGGGUGUGCUUUGUGGCGAGGAGCUUUAACAAGGAGAGGUUGAAGCAAAACAUGGAGCUUUUCGAUUGGGAGUUGAGCGUCGAUGACAAGGAGAAGAUCAUGGGGAUUCCACAGAGGAGAGCAUGCCGUGCAGAGUUCUUUUUGUCACCAGACGGGCCGUACAAGACCUUGGAGGAGCUAUGGGACGGGGAGAUAUGAGAUACCAUGUAGCUGUUGUAUCUAUUGUUUGUCGACAUCGUUGUUGCUUGCUGCUGUGGGGAAAUAUCUUCGGAAUACUCUCUGAAUGAAUGUGGACUAACAGUUGGUCCUGGACAAUUGCCUUGCAUGUCAGUAUACAUUUUGUUGCAUUCUAGCUAGGUUGGGUGUGGUAGUACUGCUAGUGAUUAAGAUUAUUAGGGCUUUUCUUAGAUCAUGUACAACCUUUAGUUUGCCAAAUAAUAACUUGAUUUUGUGUCAUUAAACCAAAUAUCUGGAUCGAUAGUGCUUGGCCUAUGACGAGUACAUCCCAGCUCAUCAUAUUUCAUCACAUGAACAGCAUUCACCAUCUAAGUGAUAGAUUGUAAUCAUGAGCCACAUAUACAAAGUCAUUGCCGAAAAGAUACAAGAGAAGGCUUAUUUAUUCAUAGCUGAUGUUAUCUCUGAC